AUCUCGCAGUUGUCCUCUCGGUGAACGGAACUCUGCGUAGGGACUUCCGUGUGCUGCUGUUAUUUUCUGCCAUGAGUAUUGCGCUUUAUUUUACAGCCAGUUAAAUUUAGGAUCAUCUGGGCCAUCCUGUAUCCUGCGCAAUUAUGAAAAAGCUAUUUCAGGGCGUUAAAACUGACAUGAAAUUUAAGGCUGCAGGACCCGGUCACCGAUUAAACGAGCAAAGGAGGGAUAAUCCUGAAGUUGUUUCUAAAGAACAACCAAGGUCUCCGAAGCCACCUCCAGAAGAGGCUCAGAUAGCUGCUGCUUCAGCAGCAAUGACCAGACUUCAGUCAAUGCAAGAAAAAGGCAAGUCACAAUCCAAGAAUGCUAUUCAGAUACAUGUGACAAAGCCCCCAGAAUCUCACCAGGAAGUGAAUAUUAUUCCAGAAUGCAAGAAUAUGUCUGCACCUGAAAAGGAAACUACUGUGUGUAAUGUUCUGUUUAGAUGCCCAAUAACUGGAGAGAUCCUAAGAAAAGAGGAGAAAGAAUCACAAAUGAGAAAAUCUAUAGAGCUGCUGUCACAUACUGAUCCAAUUACUGCAUCAAUUAUGAAGAUUUACACACUUAAUAAGGAUCAAACCAAAGUGAAAGUGGGCGUUGAGACUAUAACAAAGUAUCUUGAUAAUAUAAUUGCUAGUCCGAAUGAGGAGAGGUAUCGCACCAUUCGAUUCUCCAACAAAGUUUUUCAGGAAAGAAUUAACAUUUUAGAAGGAUCACUUGAAUUUUUUGACGCAGUUGGAUUUGAGAAGAUGAUGUUGGCUUUGCCUGGACAAGAUGUGCAAGAUGAAUUAUUUGUGCUGAGCAAUGAAGCAGUUAAAAGUGUGAAUAACUUGCAAAGGUACCGGGAUUCAUUGUUAAAUGGACAGCCUAUUCAGGCCACUCUUGAGAGGCAGCCUCGAAUUUUUGCACCAUCACUUCAAGCCACCCAAUUUUCUUUAACGGAUGAUUUCUACAACCUAACAGUAGAGGAGAUCAAACAAGAGCAUGAACUAAGGAAAGGGAAGCUGGAGCGAGAAUCACUACUUCGAACUAAAGCAAUGCGAGAGAGGGAAGAAAAAAUGAUCAUUAAGAAGUAUAAGUACACCGUUCUGAGAGUCAGAUUUCCAGAUGGGUAUUUACUGCAAGGCACAUUUUAUGCUCAAGAACGGUUGUCCUCUCUGUUUGAUUUUGUUUGCCAACAUCUACAGAAGAACUGGCUUCCUUAUAAUCUCCUUGGUCCCCGUGGUCAGAAGUUAGAAAAUAAGCAAGUUACAUUCUAUGACUAUGAUUUGGUUCCAUCCGCAUUGCUAACCUUUAGCUGGGAUCCAGAAGUUUUGGCUGAUGUGGAGGCUGCAGAGGGACAUAAAGCUGAGAAUUUUCUAAAACAAGAACUAGUUUCCAGCGCAGAGGCUCUUCAUUAGAUGUGCAUGCUGCUAUACUUGUCAUGGCUUUUCUAUACAAUCAAAGAAAAAAAUUACUUUUUGUCAAUAUUACUCUCUCUCUUGGUAAGAGGCAAAUCAGUAAUUGUGUAGCAAAAAAGUGAUAGUUAAACCAUUGAAUAUGAAAUUAGGAAACACCUUUUUCCUAAAAUUAUUAAGAAAAAAGUAAAUGGUUAUCUCAAGGUUAAAACAAAGUAAUAAAUAAAUAUUUGUACCCAA